CAUUAGAGCCUAGCAUCCUCCCUGUGAAGAUGUACAAAGGGAAGAACCCCUCAGGAUCGGCCUCGAAGAAGAGACCCUGCACCUUCACAGAUGCAGGACCCUCUGCGGGCAGCACCCUGUGUGAGAAGCACCACAGCCCGCUGGAGAACUACUGCUGCACCGACCGGCGGCUCAUCUGCGCCCUGUGCGCGGUGUCCGAGCACCGCGGGCACUCCAUUGGUACCGUGGGGGAGGAGAGGAGGCGCAAACAGAGGGAGCUGAACAACAUGCAAACAAACUCCAAGCAGAUUCUUCAGAAAGAAGAAAAUAAACUGAAGCACAUGGGGAAGACUCUGGAACAGAUUCAGGAGGAGGGGAGAGAAACACAGAACUACUGUGAAAGUGUCUUGGUAGGCGUCAUUGACUGCCUCCAGAGACAUUACAUGUUGGUGAGGGAGCUGAUCAGAGGUCAGGAGGCUCAGGCUCAGAGUUCCUUACAGACGCUGGAGGAACUGAACGAGAGAGACGUUGAGCUCCAUCGACUCGCUGAGACUGACAACGAUGUCCAUUUCUUGCAGAAAUGGUUCUCCCUGCGGUGUCUUACCGACACGGAUCUUCUUUAUCCUCUUCAGGAGGUUUCAGAGGAUCCACUUCUGCCCUUCGAGUUUACAAAGAGAGCCGUGGAACAGCUCGGGGAGCAGCUGCAGGAUAUCUGUGACAAAGAAUUUGCCUCAAUCCUUCAUACUGCUGGUGGUGAAGAGCAGCAGCAAUCAGGAGGUGUCUCUGGAGUUACCAACACUGAGCAGAACAUGGAGGAGCCCGAAACCAGAGCUGACUUCCUGCAGUAUGCUUGUAGACUCAGCCUGGAUCGCACCACAGCUCAUGAGGACCUGACCUUCGCUGCAGGAGACACCGAGGUGAGGCUGAACUCUCCGAAGAUGAACGACUUUGGUCUUCGUUCCCCGGACAGGUUCUUCCACCGCAUGCAGGUGCUGUGCAAGGAGGGGCUGCAUGCCGACCGCUGCUACUAUGAGGUCGAGGUGGAAGGAGACAAGGCUGAGAUCGCUCUCGCCUACAGGAGGAUGAACAGAAAGACUCGAACCCGUCUGUCAGCUUUUGGGGCAAAUGAAUUUUCCUGGAGUCUUGAUCGCUCCUCUAAUUACUCGGUGAGCCACAGAGCUGACAGCGUUCAGCUCACAUCAUCACCGACUCACAGCCGGAUCGGCGUUUAUCUGAAGUUUAAAGAGGGAACUCUUGCUUUCUACGAGGUGUCGGGGUCGGACAGUAUGAAGUUUCUUUACAAGCUGCAGGCUACGUUCACAGAGCCUCUGUAUCCGGGCUUCUGGCUCGAAAAGGGAUGUUGCAUCAGGAUCUGUGAUCUACCUGAGAGGGACCAUAGAAACAGGUUGAGAUAGUUAGCUGCAGCACUCACAGCUCUCCGCAAUGGCCACAGUAUACUUAAAGAUGGCCGCCUCUCUGACAAUCCUGCUAUGUUUUUUUAAAUGGGAAUAUCUCUUUUACUUCGGUCUUCUUUUGAUUGUUUUCUGAAGAUUUUUGGUUUUCUUGUAGGGGUUUUACAAUAUAAAGUAGCCUAAAAAGAGUCUUAAUGAAACAGUAUAUACAUUUAAGCCCACUGUGCAGGCUGUUGGGUUGACCCAAUUACAUAUUUGUGUUCACUGGACCGAACAGAACUUUGGUGCAAAGAGGAACCAACAUUACCAUCUUCAUCAAAGUCUUAUUGUGCUUUGUAUGCCUCUGCUUGUCCUUAGCCUUCUCGCAUACAUGAAAUCACGAGAACAUCAUGAGGGCAUUUCUUCAAAUUUGGCUCAAACUUUGUGCCAAAAUGUAAUUAUGAUUUAUUUGAUAUUAUUUUCAUGUAAUAGUCUACCUAUUGUCUUUUAUAUUACUAUAAUUAUUUUGUAUAUAUCAACACCAGUAAAACCAUAACACAAAAGCUUUGUGUGCAGCUGUUUGUAUUCUGAAAACUGCCAGUAGCUAUACAAUAUGUAUAGAAUGAAAUGGGUUACUUAUUAAUAUCUGUCUGUAUUUAGUUCUGUAUCUUUUUCAAUAAGAAACAGAAGAUAAACAUUCCCAAUGAAAAUGUAACUUUCACCAUGACAAUUUUGACUUCAAACUGAAAAAAAAACAGAAAUACAAA